AUGGCGACACUCACAGCGCAUGGAUCGCUAGCGCUGCGAUCGUCGUCCGCUCUGAGCGAAGCCAGCUCGCCUCUCUCAUCGAGGUCCUUGGCCUCCUCGUCUGCUCGCCCCGUCGCGUCCCUCUCACUGCGAUCGCCGUUCCUCCACGGCUCAUGGCCAGCCGUAGCGAAUGCAGCUGCCUCUGCUGCCGCUGUGUCCAAGAGUUCGCGGGUAGGAGGGCAUGCAUCUGCAUCGCCAUCGCAACGCGCGGCUUCUCGAGUGAGAGCAGCGGCGAGUGAAGCGCAGGAUUCUCAACCAGCGGAUCAUGAACAACAGUCUGAGACCAAGCAGACCGUCCGGGUUUCGUUAAGGCAACCCCAGCGCGUGCCGCUGGAGGCCAUUCAACGAGUGGCGAGGGAGGCCGUUGCCGCAGCGCAGCUCUACUGCGCUGACUUUAAACGAGUCAAGUUCGCUCUCGCGUGUGCAGCAGCAGCAGCAGCUACGGCGCUCUUUUGCAUCCGGCCGCCGCCCUCCUUCGCCUUUACCGCCGCACCCGCCACCAACUUCGCCGGCGCCACCACCGCCACCGGCGCAUCAGCCGCGGCGAUAGCGGCGGGGCACUGGUCGGAGAUCGUGCGCGCGGGGUGGACGGGGCUCGUCGCGGGGUGCCUACACACGCUCACGGGCCCAGACCAUCUCGCGGCGCUCGCGCCGCUCACCAUCGGGCGCAACCGCGUGCAGUCGGCGGUGAUCGGCGCGCUGUGGGGGUGCGGGCACGACGCGGGGCAGGUGAUGUUCGGCGUGCUGUUCCUGCUGCUCAAGGAUAAGCUCCACCUCGACCUGCUGCGCGUGUGGGGCUCUCGCAUUGUGGGCGCCACGCUGCUGGCCAUCGGCGCGCUGGGGAUCUACGAGGCGCAGCACGCCACGGAGGAGGAGCUCGCGGCCGUCGCGCGCGGGGAGGGGGAGGGGGAAGCGGCGCUCGCGGCGGCAGGGGGGGCUGGCGGGGGGAGCGCGUCGCUGGCGGGGCCGAAAGCGCACUUCGGAAUCGCGACGUUCGUGACAGGCGUGGUGCAUGGGCUUCAGCCGGACGCACUACUCGUCGUCCUCCCGGCGCUGGCCAUGCCGUCGAGAGCGGCGGGGGCGGCGUUCCUGGUGCUGUUCCUGCUGGGCACGGUGCUGGCGAUGGGCAGCUACACGGCGUUCAUAGGAUCGUGCAGCAGCGCGCUCAAGGAGAGGGUUCCGGGGUUCACCAAGGGGCUCUCGUGGGUUGCCGCGCUCAUGGCUAUCGCGUUUGGGGCGGUGAUUCUGCUCGGGGAGGUGGUGGGCUUCCAGCUUUUCUGA